ACUGUCUGCCAUUUCUUUUUCGUUGAAACAUGGCAUCAGGAAAAAAAGGAAAGAAAACCAAAGGGAAGACGUUUGCUCUUACCGAUUUCUUACAGGAAACUACCGGCUCCAUUCCUGUUCAACCUAUUCGUAAAUCAAAUCUCAAUUGGGCUGAUGAGGUAGAAGAUUUUGAUGAUACCAGAAAGGCUGUCAAUGUAGUGUUACCCACUGCUCCAAAAGCUUCUAGAGAUUAUGAUGAUAUUAGCAAUACGGUUCCUAUGGAACCACCAUUUUGGGCUUAUCUUUCGAACUUGCCUUACGACGUGGAUGAAGAUGAACUUUCAGCAUUUUUUAAAAACAUGAGGAUAGCUAAUAUGAGAAUUCCAAAAGAUGACAGAGGAGGAGAAUCGAAAUCGAAAGGUUAUGGAUAUAUUGAAUUUGAAGACAGAGAAAGUUUAUUGGAAGCACUUUUCCUUCGUGACACUACAUUAAAAUCUAGAAGAAUGAGGAUAGAAGUAGCAUCAAAUAUGGAUAACGAUAGGCGAAGAGGUAGAAUGGACAUGAAUCGUGACAGGCAACAAGAUCGCAGUGAUUCUUUUGGUGAUUGGCGAUCCGGACCAAGGGCACCUUCUGACAGUAUGGAUAAUCGUCGAACAGGUUUCAAUAGAGAUCGAGACGGCGGUGGAGGUGGCGGAGGAUUUACUAGAGAAGGAAUGCGUGAUAGAGAUGAAAAAAGUUUUACUCGUGAAGGAAUGAGAGAUCGUGAUUAUGGUAGAGAUAGGGACAAUCGAGAUUUUGGACGUGACAGAGAUAGUAACAGAGACUUCAAUAGAGAUAGGGAUAGUAAUAGGGAUUCAUAUAGAAAAGAUAUUGAUGAUCGGCCCGGUGGAUGGAGAGAUGGAGAUAGACAAAAUAAAGAUGAUCGUGACAGGGAUAGGGGUUUCAACCGUGAUAGAGGAAAUUUCCGUGACUCUGACAGAGGUAGCCGAUAUGAUGAUGAUCGAAGAGGUGGGGGUUUCGGUGGAAGAAGGUUUGAUGACAGAAGAGAUGAUAAGGACAGAGAUAGACGGGAUGGAUUUUCAAGGAGAGAUGACCGGGAUACAGAGUCGUCGGAACCACGUGAAAGGCCAAAAUUAAUGUUAGCACCAAGGACAAAACCAGUAGAAGUUGUACCUGUAAAUACUACAGAAUCAGUGCCUUCAGCUUCUAUAUUUGGUAGUGCAAAACCUGUAGAUACAGCGCAGCGAGAAAGAGAAAUAGAAGAGAAAAUUGCCAGAGAGGCUGAUAAACCAAGAGAAAGUAGUAAAGAUAGAGAUGAGAAUAGAAAGCAUGAAAAUAGUGAACGAAAAAAUGUAGAUAGGAUUGAAAGAAGUAAGCCGCCACCACGCAGAAUAGAUGAUAGUCCAUCUAGAGAUAAGGAUCACAGAGAUGGACCUAGAAAGAACUAUGAUGACAGAAAAUUACCUCCUAAAAAUGAUCAAAAAUCACCAGACAGACCUGAUAAUAGGCACAAAUAUGAUAAGUCUGAAAAGCCCAAGCGGGAGGAGAAAAGAGACAGGUAUGAAAAGGAUAUGCCAAAAUUGACUGAGCCAGAACCACCGAACUUCGCCGCCAACAACAAGUUCGCUUUUCUGCCAACAGAUUCCGAUUAGCAAUACGUGAUUAUUAAAUGGUGUAAAUAUUUUCAAUAAACGUUUAAUAAAAUAUGAACUUUUUAAAACGAAUGUGAAACGGUUUUACAUAUUUAUUGUUUUAGUCAUAGAAUAUAUUUUUUGUUAAAUACAAAAAAACCAGUU